GCAAGUAUAAUUCAUAUUUUUGUAAAGUAAUGAUUUUGAUUUGUUUAAAUAGAACGGUCGAAUUUGAUAUCGCAUAAACACUCGUGCUCUCAGGAACAAAUCCUCCUUGAGUUUGCUACACAGGCAGCCAUGUGUGUUCCUCCACCUCGCGGCCUCAUACUAUUCUACGCCACUCUACUCGACGCCUGCAGUUCGUCGAAGAACCUCCAAACCCUCACGCAGCUCCACGCUAAAACCAUCAAACUCGGCAUUUCCCGCCACGACUUCAUCCGAACCAAGCUCCUCAGCUCCUACGCAGCCGCUGCCCAACUGAAGCAAUGCAACCUGCUUUUCUCCUUCUGUACUCGCCGACCCACCUUCCUCUUCAACACCCUCAUCAGAGCCCACUCUUCCCAAGGCCUCUUCUCUCAGUCUCUGUCCAUUUUUCUCCGUAUGCUUGCCGCCAAUAAACCCUGGGACCGCCAUACCUUGCCUGCGGUACUCAAAUCUUGUGCCGGGUUAUCGGCGUUGAGGCUUGGAAAACAAAUGCAUGGAGCUGUUUUGGUUAAUGGGUUUGGCUUCGAUUUGGCGAACUCAAAUGCGUUGAUUAGUAUGUAUGCGAAGUGUGGUGAUUUGGUGGGUGCCCGUAAAGUGUUUGACGGAAUGCUGAUGAGGAAUGAGAUUUCUUGGUCGGCAAUUAUGGCGGGGUAUGGGAUGCAUGGAGUAUUUGGCGAGGUGUUUGAGCUGUUUGAUAGGAUGGUGGAGGCAGGAGAGACGCCGGAUGGAAUGACUUUCACUACGAUUUUGACAGCGUGUAGUCAUGGAGGGCUGACAGAGAAGGGGAGGGAGUAUUUUGAAAUGAUGGAGUGGAGGUUCGGGGUGAUGCCCGGGCUGGAGCAUUAUACCUGUAUGGUAGAUUUGUUGGGUAGGGUGGGACGGGUAGAGGAAGCAGAGGAGUUGGUUUUGGGGAUGGCAGUGGAGCCGGAUGAGGCAUUAUGGGGCGCAUUGUUGGGUGCUUGUAGGAUUCAUGGGCAGGUAGAGGUGGCUGAGAGAGUGGAAGCGAUGCUUUAUGGAAAGCGACUUGGUGUAGCAUCUCUGCGAGGCAUUUAACACCGAAUUACUUGCAAAAAAUCCAUUAUUUCCAUGCUCAUGUGCUAAACUCCCAUUUUUGGGGGAAAUAUUCCCUUCUCUCUUGCAAAGCCAAAUAUUUUCCCAGUCAGAAUGUUGCCUUCUAGUUACUGGGACUUUCACUGCUUAUGAAUUUAUGCAAGGACAGAUGGAAGAGACUAGAGAACAUAGAUGGCUGGAAUGCUCUCUCUGCCAUUGCCAUGGAACACAACUUGUGGGAGAACAUAUCUCGAUGGGGAUCGACAGAAAUGCUAGAGGCUGCGAGUGUAAGACCACUGGAGAACGCAAGAAUUUUCAUUCGGCACUUCUGAGGUAUCAGAUGUUCCCUGUGAUAAUCGUGUGACUAUGCUGGGUGAUAUGUCUAACUUACCACCAAGAAGAUCUGGGGAUAAAUGCUAUUGCUCACGACAUUCUAAGCAUGAGAGUCUGAGA